AUGUCAAGUGAUCAAGACAAAUUACUUAAUGAGCUUAAGAAAAUUGAUCAAGACAAAUUACUUAAAGAGCUUAAGAAAAUUGAACAAGAAAAAUUACUUAAUGAGUUAAAGAAAAGUGAUAUUAGUAUAUAUCAAGAAUACGACUCAGAUAGGUUUCUUAAAAAUCCAGAUAUUAUAAAUAAAGCGUAUCAGUUUGCUAAAUCAGAUGAAAGAACAAAAGAUCGAUUGCAGGACCCAAGUAAUUUUAUAGUUCCAAAGUUUCCUUACUUAGUCAGCUUAAAUCCAGAACAUAUGUCCAGUAUAUUCAUUCUAUUUCCUGGUUUCGAUCAUGAAAUUAAGCGAGUUGUUCAUCAAGUUGUUUUAGUUGAAAUUGAAAGCAUCAGCACGUAUGAACAAAUCUUUCAACUAUUUGACGACAAAAAUGGUCAAGCUCCUGCUGACAUGAAAAUCAAAAAAUUGUAUCCAAAUCUGAGAAUAGGAAAAAUUUUACAUAUUCUUGACUGUGAUGUCAAAAUUGCUUUACUCUAUAAAUAUGGAAAGGUUUAUCGGAAAAUAUUUUAUGUCUACUCGCCUUCGUUUUUAACUGAUAUGAGUCCAGAAAAUAUUUAUCUAGUAGGUGAAGAGUAUCAAGAUACUAAAUUCGUUAGCCGGAUAUAUACAAAAAUUGACUUGGACGCCACAUUCCCAAAAGUUUAUUUCACAGAAGAUUACCAACCUUUAAAUUGUAUCCAAGUAAUUCCAUAUGCCAUUUAUUCUUUCUUUAGCUCUUGUUUUCGCAGUUCGGGCAAUGGUUAUAAGAAGAUUCAUAUGAAAGAGGACUAA